AUGCGGCCACCCCCCACCUCUCGACCGUUAACACGCACCGCUCCGCCGCCCUCCCCGGCUGCGUCGAGCGACGUGUUAACCAAAACUACCCCCAUCCGCCACCGCGAAGCCGCUCCACCGCGCCAAUCGGCUAUGGAGUCACCGGCCCCUCGCUCCCUGUGCUCAUCAACAACGUCGCUGCACUCCGCCGAAGGAGAUAGUGACACGGACGCACACACCGCCCGCCCCCCAUCCGUCCUUCCGCGAACAGAGGUGCUACAAGCGGCGCCUCUGCCUGCGGGAAGUACACAACAACUGAGAAGGACUCAGUCCUUCUCCGUGACCUCACGACCCGCGCCCAUGGAGACGGACGCGCCCAGACCUCAAGCAACCGCCCGACGCCCGCGUAGCCCCGAGGAGAACAACGAGGCGAAACGAUACAAACCCGCCCCCCAGCGCGAUCCACGCCUGGCGCGACAGGCGGGUUUAGACGAGGGCAGGUCGUACGCCCGAGUGCACCACUGCUGCCGCCACCGCCGCCGCCACUACCGCCACCGCGACACCGCAGGAGGAAGCACGCAGGCGUAG